GUUUUAAUGCGACGCUUUUACUGCUUUGUCCUUUUUUCUUCAUGUGGUGGUGGUGGAAUACGGAAUACCUUCUUCCAAACCAGGUUUAUCGGUUUGUGUAGACGGCUGGAUCAAGACUUCAGACUUUGUUUUGCAAGAUUUUCUUUCUUAGAUUUGUUCAUUUAUGUUAUUCCAGUCAAGAGAUCCACAUUAUUACGUGAAGAAAUAAGAGUCACAAUGGUAAAACUUUGAAGCUAAGAAUCUAACCGAGUUAACUUAAUCUCAAUAUUCAGUCUGGUGAAGGGUUUCUGCUUACUGCAUUUUCUUUGCUCGGUCCCAUCUUGUGAAGGAAAAGGGUUUCAGAAAAUUACUCUAGUUACCUCCACUGUUCGAAAUCUUCACCAUCCUUCAAGAGAUGGGAUGUUCGGCUUCGAGGUUGGAAGAUGAGGAGGCUGUCCAGCUCUGCAAAGACAGAAGAAACUUCAUAAAACAGGCUGUUGAGCAAAGGAACCGCUUUGCUUCAGGGCACAUUGCUUAUAUUCAGUCUCUAAAACGAGUCUCUCACGCUCUUUGCAAUUUUGUUGAUGCCGAUGAGCAACAUGACACCUUCUCAGAAGCAUUCACUAUGUCUCCAUUCAUGCCUGUGAAGAAAUCAAGCCCGGAAAUGAUAGGCAUUCCAUUCAAAUCCACUGUACCAGCACUUGACCAAUAUGAGAAAAGGAUGGGGGUUCCACUCAACUCUGCAUCACACACAAAUCAGUCCCAGGGAAGUAAUUUUCAUGUUUCGAGAUAUUUGAGAUCGGGAGGGAGUCCUUCGGUUUCUGUUGAAGAGCAUCCUCAACCAUCAGAGACAGUGAGAAUCAACUCUUAUUACCCUAUGGAGCAUGAUGGAAGUGAUACAUAUUUCACUGCGCAGGCUUCCCCAUGGCAUUCGACAUUCUUUUCAUCAACUUAUGAGAGACCGAACUUCCCUCCACCGUCACCACAAAAUCCACAGUGGGACUCCUUUUGGAAUCCUUUCUCUUCACUAGACACUUAUGGAUACACAUACCAGAGUAAUUCAGUUCACAUGAUGAACGACGAUGAUGUAGCAGGACUAAGGCAAGUAAGAGAAGAAGAAGGAAUUCCGGAAUUGGAAGAAGAAGGAGCAACCGGGGAAGACAAGCCUGCGCAGAUAGAAACUCAGAAUGAAGCAUGCGAAGUUGAUUCAAAUGAUACUAGAAUGAGCGGGGCAAGUGUAGAUUCUUCAGCAGCCAUAUGUAAAGAGCCUAAUGUGCAAGGAAUUAAGAAGUUUCACACUAAGAGUAUCAACGAUAUUCGAAUAUCAGAAACAAAAGAUGCCAUAGAACUUAAAAUAACCAGAGAGAAGGGAAUGGCAGGGAAGAUAAAGCCUGCAGAAGAAACCCCAGGUUUUACUGUGUACUUAAACCGAAGGCCAAAAAGCAUGCCAGAAAUCAUGAAAGAUAUCGAAAGUCAAUUUUUGCGGAUUUGUGACUGUGCUCAUGAGGUUUCAGUAUUGUUGAAUGCGAGCAGAGCUCACUAUGCUUCAAGUUCAACUGAAAUUGCUGCUAAAAUGAUGAAUCCAGUUGCCCUCUUCCGGUCUGCAUCUUCGCGUUCAUCCUCUUCUAGGUUCUUUAAUGCCUUUUCCAGUUCAGGAUGUGAUGAUUAUGAAAGCAGCAGUGAUUACUCGGAGGAGUCAUGGACGACAUCAGGAAACCACCAGUCAACAUUGGAUAGAUUAUAUGAAUGGGAGAAGAAGUUGUAUGAGGAGGUUAAGGCUGGAGAACGCUUAAGAAUAGCAUUUGAAAGGAAACACAUGCAAAUGAGAAACCAAGAUGUCUAUGGUAAAGAGACUUCAUCUGUUGACAAAACAAGAUCAACAGUAAGAGAUCUACAUACUCAGUUAAAAAUUUCUAUACAUUCAGUUGAGUCAGUUUCAAGAAGAAUUGAAACUCUGCGGGAUGAAGAAUUGCAUCCACAGCUGAUCGAGUUAUUGCAAGGGUUAGCGAAGAUGUGGAGGACCACAGCCGACUGCCACCGGAUCCAGAAGCGCACAAUAGACGAGGCCAAGCUCCUGAUCCUCUCCGCCGGGAAGGUAUUGGACGAGGCGGUUAUCCCGCCGCCGCCUAGGCAAGCCCGAUCUGCCGCCGCCUUGGAGGCGGAGCUCCGGAACUGGCGCGCGUGCCUCGAGAUCUGGGCGGAGGCGCAGCGGGCCUACGCCCGCGCUCUGGCCAGGUGGGCCCUCCGCUGCGGCGACCAGGUUGACGGCGGCGGCGCGCGGUCCCCGCUCUCCCCUCCUCGUCCCUCCGCAGGCGGCGCGCCUCCGGCUCUCGCGGUGUGCGCGCGGUGGUCUCGGCUGCUGGAGUCGUUGGGGGUGGCGCAGGUGGUGGACGGCCUGGACUUCUUCGCGGCGGGGAUCGCGUCGGUGAGCGGGAUGGAGGCGGCGGACGCGGAGGGGGACGACCAGGGAGGAACGCCGGCGACGGCAGAGAUGGCUAGGAGAGUACUAUGCGCGGGGAUGUCGGUGGCCGUCAGCUCGCUGUCGGAGUUCGCGGCGAGGUCGGCGAACGGGUACGAAUGCUUGGUGCGUGACGGAGACGGGAGUGCAGAACCGUAAUUCCAACGUAGUGGUCUUCUUGUUAUUAACUUGUAAAAGUAGUGGCAGCUUUGACGAUAGAUUUAUUUUAGAAGUUUAACCUAUUUAUUAUAUUUCUGGUAAA